AUGGGUCGCUCUCAGGAGCUCAGUGAAUUCAAGUGUGGUACUGUGAUAGGUUGCCACCUGUGCAGUAAGUUAAUUUGUGACAUUUCCUGGCUACUAAAUAUUCCAUGGUCAAUUGUUAGUGGAAUUAUAACAAAGUGGAAACAACUGAGAACAACAGCAACACAGCCACAGCGGGGUCAGCGCAUGCUGAAGUCACCAACUGUCUGCAAAGUCAAAAGCUAAAGACCUCCAGACUUUUUGUGGUCUUCAGAUUAGCACAACAACAGUGUGUAGAGAGCGUCAU